AUGGCUUUCCAUGCGUCCAGAAAGUUGGAGGAGAAGCGGGGAACAGCAAACAUGACGAUAGGGCAUUCUUCGCCACACCCCAAAACCAAGCCGCCCUCUUGUUUCCGUCAAGUUCAAAUCAGGAGUGGAAGCAAGAAGCCCCAAAAGCCACAAGAUUUUGAGUGUCCAGGAUUAGAUUGUGGUAUUCGUUUUGUUAAAGAUACCAGCUUCGAAACAAUGAUGAGGAGUGAUGCGGUGGUACUGUUUCAUUUAUCGAGUUGGAAUUGGGAUGAGAUGCAAAGAAGACGCCCAUCCAAGCAAGUUUGGGUUUUCUUUACCCGAGAGAGUCCUCGACACACGGGGGUAAAUGCAAUACCACCAAAUGUAUAUGAUUACGUAUACAACUACACCAUGACGUACAGACCGUCGUCAUCCAUAUCCAUUCCCUAUGGCGUCUAUGACAGCAACCAACCACAAGUCAUCCCAGAUGAUGCUCGAGACUGGGCAAAGGAGAAAACGGGUAUGGUGGUCUGGAUGGCAUCAAAUUGCCACCUGUCUUCAUGGGACCGUUUUGGAUUUGUCAAAGAACUCUCACGGCUUAUCCCAGUGGACAUUUACGGCACAUGUGGGAAGCUCAUAUGUAAUAGAAGUUCUGAUGAUUGUUGGAAUCGUAUCCGUACCUACAAGUUUUACCUGGCGUUGGAAAACAGCGAGUGCAGGGACUACAUCACAGAAAAGUUUUGGGAAAAUUCUUUACAGCAUGACGUUGUGCCCAUCGUCUACGGCGCCCCAAAGGAAGACUACCUUCAAGUUGCACCUCCAAAGUCUUUCAUACAUCUUCAAGAUUUUAACUCUAUGGUUGAUCUUGUCGACUAUCUCAAUCUGUUGAAUUCUAACGAUACCUUGUACAAUUCAUAUUUCGAAUGGAAGCGGUAUGGAACAAUCCCGAUGACGUUACGUCGAGAAGGUGUUUUGUCCCCACCGUUUCUGUGUAAGAUAGUAGCGAAGAUAAGAAAGUACGAAAACGACUCGUUUGACGGCAAACACAGAAAAGGAGAGACGAAUCCAAGCAUAAAGAAUUGGUGGUCAAACUCAUGCGUACAUUCACAUGGCUUCCCUCAUGACUUUUAG